AUGACAACCAUAUCAAAGUGUUUCACUAACAAUGUAUUGGCUUGGAAAAUAUUCGGAAUUUGGUCAGGACCUAAUCCGAAUAAAUAUUACAAAUACUUUUCUUUCAUUUUUGUUAAUUUGACUCUUACUAUAUUUAAUUUGUUUCUGACGAUAAAUUUGUUCUACACCUAUAAUAAUAUUGAAAAUUUAUUGCAUGAAGUCAUUUAUUUUUUUACGGAAAUAACUGUUGUUGCUAAAGCUUCUAUGAUAUUAUUUUGGAAGAAAGAAAUUAUGAUAGCAUUUGAUAUUCUUGAUUCCGAUGACUUUGAAGGAAAUGAUGAAAAGUCCAUAGAGAUCAUAGAAAAAGAUGUAUCGACGUAUAAAAAGAUUUUCAAGUUUUAUUUCUAUUUUUGUAAUUUGUCAUAUAUCUUAGCAAUAGUACCGGGUUUUGUUGAUUAUUUGCUGGGAAAUGAUUCUGAAUUCCCUAUAUCGAAAUACAAUUUCCUUGGUGAUGAAAUAAGAGAGCAAUAUUUUACGCUUUUGUAUUUUUAUCAAAGCUUUUGUAUUUAUGUGCAUAUGGUUUAUAACAUUUCUGUUGAUUCGUUGAUAACUGGGUUUGUUUUUUUGAUAAUCACACAAUUAAAGGUUCUGAAAUACAAAUUUAAACGACUGAAUUUUAAAAACCGUGCACUAAAACGAAGAAAUGCUUCGGAAGGGUCAACAGUUAACUCUUUGUUAUUUCUUUUGACAUAUAUUACGGCUAUGGUCCUAAUUAUAUUCGUACCUUCAUGGUUGGGCACCCAGCUUAUGUACGAGAGCAAAGAUUUAGUUACUGCAGCCUACAAUUCUGAUUGGAUGAACAGUUCUAAAGAGUUCAAAAGAAGCAUAAUAAUUUUUAUGGAACGGACUAAGACACCAAUGUGUGUUGUCGGCAUGAAAAUGUUCCUGUUAUCACUCGACACAUUUAUAACGAUCAUGAAAACGGCAUACUCUUUGUAUACUUUAAUAAGUAGAUUCAGGAAUGUAACAUAAUAACAAUGACUCUAAUCUCUUCU